UAAAAGGAGCUCGAGUUGACUGGUGUCCCCAUUCAGGUCCAUGGGGGCAGCCGAAAUGAUGUCCUUCCUCUCUCUGCUCCUGGUGGGCAUCCUGCUCCCUGCUACCCAGGCCAAGCAGUUUACGAGAUGUGAGCUAUCCCGGGAGCUGAGGGAGAUGGACGGCUACAGGGGCGUCACUCUGCCAGAAUGGAUCUGCAUUAUAUUCCACAGCAGUGGUUGUGACUCACAAACUGUAGUCAGCAACAACGGCAGUACAGAGUACGGACUCUUUCAGAUCAGUAACAAGCUUUGGUGUAAAGACAACCAGAACCUUGAGUCAAAGAACAUCUGUGACAUGUCCUGUGACAAGUUCCUGGAUGAUGACCUCACGGAUGACAUGAUGUGUGCUCGGAAGAUCCUUGAUAAAGAAGGCAUUGACCACUGGUUGGCUCAUAAACCGCUCUGCUCUGAGAAGCUGGAACAGUGGCGCUGUGAGAAGUGGUAACGCCUGCUGUCCCUCUGUGCCUGCCCGCUCCAUCUGCCCUGUCCGUGUUCGUAGAAUUCCUCUUCCCUGUGGCUACCUCAGUUUGCUUCUUUUUAUCCCCUCGACAUUAAUUUAUCACUGCAUUCUGGGCCCUGUGGGAUACACUGGACAUUGGAGAACUGUUCUCCGGGGACACACAGCUGGUGCACUAGAUUCCUGCUCAGUUUCCCUGAUGACAUUUCAGUUCAAUGGAUUCCACCUCUGUUCUGA